CGGGGUGUCUCCGGGCCCCGGUCACUCCCAGACUGUGACAGGCCCUGUCUCCCUGCGCACUGCGCCAUGGGCUGAGCCACAGCCUGCCAGACGCCCGUUGCACGGUGGGAGCUGUAGUUCAUGCUCGCUCUCGCUGUGAGUCUAGCUGCGUUGAAUGAACUACAACUCCCAGCAGCCAGUGCGGCUGGUUCGCGGCUCCGUGACCAUGGUGCUCUGUGAGUGAGGGAGAGCACCCCGGACACCGGACACCGGACACCGGAGACAAUGGGCUCCAGGGUAAAGCAAAACACAGACACCACAUUUGAAGUUUAUGUGGAAGUAAGCUGUCCCGGAUCAAAUGAAUACAACAAAGAUCCUGAGCUGCAGAGGAUCUUCCCAGAAGACUUCAGUGACCAGGAUGUCUUGCAGACCGUCACCAAAUUUUGUUUCCCGUUCUCCUUGGACAGCCUCUCAGUCAGCCAAGUUGGACAAAACUUCACGUUUGUGCUGACUGACAUUGACAGCAAGCAUAGGUUUGGCUUCUGCCGGUUAUCUUCGGGCGCUAAAAGCUGCUUUUGUAUCUUAAGCUACCUCCCGUGGUUUGAAGUCUUUUACAAGUUACUCAAUAUCUUGGCUGAUUACUCUUUGAAAAACCAGGAUAACCAACGUAAUGAACUUCUUGAGACUCUUUAUAGACUGCCUGUCCCAGAACCUGGAACAGAAGUCCAUCUGAGUGUGCAUUCCUACUUCACAGUGCCUGAUCCUCGAGAACUGCCCAGUAUUCCGGAGAAUAGAAACCUGACGGAAUACUUUGUGGCUGUAGAUGUGAAUAACAUGCUGCACCUCUAUGCCAGUAUGCUGUACGAGCGCAGGAUCCUAAUCUCUUGCAGUAAGCUCAGCACGCUGACUGCCUGCAUCCAUGGAUCAUCUGCCAUGUUAUUCCCAAUGUACUGGCAACAUGUUUACAUUCCCGUUCUUCCUCCACACCUCUUGGACUACUGCUGCGCUCCAAUGCCCUACCUCAUAGGAAUACACUCAAGCCUAAUGGAGAAAGUGAAAGUUAUGAGUCUGGAAGAUGUGGUGGUUCUGAAUGUUGACACAAACACUUUGGAGACUCCUUUCGAUGACCUCCAGAAUCUACCAAGUGAAGUGGUCUCUGCUUUAAAGAGCAGAUUGAGAAAGGUGUCUACAACCACAGGAGAUGGGGUAGCCCAUGCUUUCCUCAAAGCCCAGGCCUCUUUGUUUGGCAGCUACCGGGGGGCGCUCAAAAUUGAACCAGAGGAGCCAAUUACUUUUUGUGAGGAAACCUUUGUAUCCCAUCGUUCCAGUGGGAUGAGACCAUUCCUUCAAAAUGCAAUCCAGCUGCAGCUCUUUAAACAGUUCAUAGAUGGGCGGCUUGACCUGCUGAAUACAGGAAAUGGUUUCAGUGAUGUGUUUGAGGAAGAGAUAAACAUGGGUGAAUAUGCAGGCAGUGACAAACUGUACCACCAGUGGCUGUCAACCGUAAAAAAAGGAAGUGGGGCCAUUAUUAACACUAUGAAGACAAGAGCUAACCCAGCCAUGAAAACGGUGUACAAGUUUGCUAAGGACCAUGCCAAGAUGGGAAUUAAAGAGGUUAAAAACCGAUUGAAACAGAAGGACUUGACUGAGAAUGGAUGUAAUGUAGCUGCAGAAGAUCCUCUUCCGGGGAUGUCACCUUCACCAUCUACUGAAAAGAAAGACCCUAAGAGCAGAGAGGACAGACGGCCCAUCACAGUGCAUUUUGGUCAGCAGGAAAAGAUCGUCCCACCACGGCCUCCUCCACCGCGGAUCCAGCGCUCCAGCGUGCCAGUCCGCCCUCCAAGGCCAAAUGUUGCUCGACGACCCAAAAGCAAUGCAGUUGUGGACAGGACAACUGUCUCGAGCCCCGAUCAUGCUGCAAAGCCCACACGCCACUAUACUGUCUUCCUCUCUGAAGAUUCUUCCGAUGAUGAAUUCCUGCAGGACGAAGAUCCUGUUUCUGCCUUCUCUGAAAACUUUAUCUUCUCUGCUCCCUUUGAAUGGCCUCAACAGUAUCGGACCUUGAAGGAAUCAGAUCCAGAUGGAGAUGAAAUGAUCAGUCCAGAAAAGGAGAGUGACUCCAUAACUGAUCUGGAGCAACCGAUUAAGGAGAUCUCAAACAUUAAUCUUCUAGAGGACAUGUUCAGUAACUUAGAUGCAGAGACACAACCACCACUUAUAAGUCAAGCCAAGAGUCUGGAGGAUCUCAGAACACCCAAGGACAACCAUGAGAACCACUUCACAUUUGAUUAUCAGAGAAUGGAUCUUACAGUUCCUGAGAGAAAUCGCUUGGUGCCAGCAAUGAAGUACAGCCACCCGUAUAACAAACUGUGGAGCAUGGGGCAUGAUGAUAUGGCUAUCCCUAACAAGUAUCUCCAGAUCUCACCGGAAAGACAUCCAACCUUUCCCAGCACUGACACGCACACCCCACACAGGGAAAUUCCAUUAGUAGUAUCUGUAGAGAAAGAGGGGACAUCUUGCAGCACCCAGAACAGUAUCACUAUCCCACGACCACAUGGAAGGAAGACUCCAGAGCUGGGCAUUGUCCCACUUCCACCAGCACCCAGAGUCUCUAAACAGCAGAAUACACCAUCAGUAAUAGAGCCAGGCAAGCUACAGCUUGGUGAAAGCAUCCGCUUCCCUGUGCAGAAAAUAGCUGGACCCUUUGUGGAACCACCAGCAGCAGAUGGACAGAGACCAGUUCCUGAUUCUAGUUCUAUGGACAUGUUGCAACCAGUGAAAGUUUCCGGGGAUAUUGGUGUAAGUGAUGAUAUACUAAGCCUUUUGGAUCCUUUAAAAACAGGACAAUGGCAGAGUGACAGCCCACCUACUGUAGGUAGUCAGGCCUCUGAAGCUCCUCGUUGCUCCAGCACUCCAUGUUUUACUCCACUACAAAGUGAUUUUGCUCCUACUAGUUUCCCUCACCAACUGGGGUUUUCCACACCACAACCCACAUUUAUACAUUCACCGCUUAAUCCAUUUCUCCAAGCAAUGCCACCUGAACAUCCAGUCUCUGUAAUAGGCAUCACAGCAAGGCCAUUCACUCCACCAGUUGGCUCCAACUCUCUUUUCUCUAGGUCUUUGUUUUAUCACAGUCAAAGACGCCCCACUACGGACUUACUAGGAAGUGGUCUACUAACCCAAGCUGCACCAGGUUCAAUCAAUCCACUACUACAGCAAACUCAUACAACCGCUGAAACACGGCAAAACUAUCCACCAACCAUCAGUGGCCCUGCAGGCCAUAGAACUUUGCCUUUGACUCGGCCACGCUCCAAGCCACUAGACAGCAAGACCAGGGAGUAUCCAGCCAUCCCUCCUAGACCUUCUAAAAUUUCAGACCCUGUUCUUCUCCCCUCUAGACCAGGUCAGUCCAAAGACCCUUUUGAUGAGCUAAUCAGCAAAACCAAACAGGCUGUAACACCAACGCCGGGUAAAGUAGAACAGCUCAGAAAGCGGUGGGAGACUUUUGAGUAACAUUCAGAUUUAUAGUUCUUUGUUGAGAAGCUAAUAUUCUAGUUUUAAAAGAACUUCACCAAGCCACAUGGAAUCCUCACAAGAUCAAGUAUUUCCUUAUGAAUUUCAGACUUCAAAGUUUGCAGUUAAAGGCUUUAAUUUCAAAGGACUCAAUAUACAAUUGUAUUCCUUCGGGUAAGUCAUAGAAACACCCAGUUCUUGCUCACGUCUGAACGACUACUUUCUUGAUGUGGAACUACUGAAUGUAGAGCUUUACUCUUAUUGGAGAUGUUCCUGGUGAAGGCUGGGCAUCACGGUACUGUAUGAGGUCUCUCAUGGAGCGUAGCGUGAUAUACAGCUUGCCUCACUGGGUUCCUACAAGGCACAACAACCCCUUGAAAAUACAUUGUGCUGUAAGUGUAUUAGCACAUAUUAUUACCAUGUACCGCAGUUUAUUAGGCAGCACAAUUUUCAGUGUAUUAUAAUAAAUUCUGCCGUUGUGACCAUCUAUACAGUUCUGCACAUAUUAUUUGCAGCCACAAAGACUUUGCCUGAAGAUCUUACAUAUAUAGUGGUUGUGAGUGUCUUAAUGUGUACACCUGUGAAUUAGGGGUCUCUUUGAAUUAGUAAGCAGUUGGUAUAAGUCAUUCGAUCGUCUCCAGAACCAAGGAUAACUAGUUAUUCUCAUUGCUGUUCUAGCUCGGUGACACAUCAAUAGUUUCAUUAUCAACGUCAAGUAGAAAUUUGGUAUACUGCAUCCAACUAAUUAGAUGUGUAUUUUGCUCCCCCCAAAUGGUAGCUUGAAACCCUUGCAGACAGUGUGUAGUAGUUUCCUAUGUACCCUGCACACUAUAGUGCCCUCAUGUUCUUCCUCAGCACUCUCCCUAGGUACCACCAACAGACCAUCCCUUACUGUGUCUAAGAGACUUAUCCUAGAUAACUGAGCCAUAGGCGGUGGAGAGAAAACGUAUUGGAACUUCAGCAUACAAAACACUACACCCCUCUGUACAUUGGCUUGUACAAAGCCAGUAUAAAUACUCAGUAUAUUGUACAUACACAGUAGAUGUUGCUGUAGGUAGUCUGCAAACCACAAAUUCUCACUAAAAUAUUAUAGAGAUGUAACCAAGGAUACAUUUAUAUGUUACAACACCGUGUCACUAAUUACUACAUACUAAACUAACUUUUUAAUUGAAAACUAUAUUUACGUUAAUGUUGUGCUGGGGUGGCAUUACGCCUCCCUGAUGCCAUGAGAAUCACAUUAGAUGCAAACACAACCAUGCCUGGUACAUUACAUUUAUGGAGAUCUACACCCAAUAUAUAAUCAGUAUUCACGCCAAGGGAAAUGUAGGGUCUUUUCCCAGUAUUAAAUGUUGUGAAAUGUCCUCCGCACUACGUUCACAUACAAUGUUAGUCUUACAAUGUGAUAACGUUGUCACUCUGCAUCCAGUGGGGAACACCAGCAGUAUUAUUUGCCUAAUCGUCAUUUGUCUCUAAUUGUCUACUCAGCAGCAUUGCAGGUUUCAGCCAGUAGUAAAGUGUGAUACUAUCUAGGUCUGAUUGGUCAGACCUCAGCGGCUGUAGUCACCAUUUCCGUGUGUCUGUGGGACUGUUCUGCCCACUAUACUGACUUACUAAUAUUUUCACUCUUUACAUUUCUCUUUUUGCCAAUAAUGUUAAUAAAGAAAUAGUAAAAUGCUGUGUGUGGGUGUGUAUCAGAUGGGAAGAGCAGCGUGAUUUGGCGCCUUGUGCGGUGGCAGAGUUCUUACAGAAUGAGACUUUACAGUUCCCGUGCACAGGAUACUGAGCUAUUGUGCAGUUUUGGGAAGUAGGAAACACAUCACAUACAGUAACUGUAUACUACAGAGGCAGCUCCAUACAGACUGCAUGGCAUGCUGGGAUGUGUAGUUCCACAGCAGCUAGAAUGCCGCAUAUUGCCCUUUAGGCUACUGAAAUAGAAAUCACCACAAAACUAUUUUCCUGGAUCGUAUGCAAGAUAUCGUUUCAUAGAGGUAGAUUCAUGUUGUUGAGAAAAAGAAAACAUAAAUAUGUUUAAUUUUUGUUUUUUUUUCUCAAUGAAAUUGUAUGAGUAACAUACAAACCAGGCUAUCAAAACAUUGGAUUGCAGAUUGGAAAUAUAGAAUGUGACAGAGUGACCAUUUCCACAGCUAAGUUUUCGAUUACUUAAAGCAGUGAAUUAGUAGAAAGAAGAUGAUGAAAUAGGUUCAUCUAGAGCAGAGAUAGACAGUCUGCGGUGUGUCAGCUGUAGUAGUGCUGAAAGCUCCAAUCCAACAAGAGGCUACGUAGGAGGAAAGCUACACAUUCCCUAACAUUGAUGCAGAUCAAUGAUAAGUGUAACACAUAUGUGUGCAUAGGUUUAUCUCUGUGACAUACCCAUUGGACAAACCUGCCAUGCAGUUUUUAAGCUUCCCAGAAGUCCCUACCGAGGCAGUGACGUGUGGUCAGAGGAGGCAGAGACUCACCUGUCAUACUCCAGUACACCCCGGAGUUUGACUCUAAAAAUGAAUAGAAUAAUACAGAGAUGAUAAUUAUAACUUUCUAAAUAUCAUCCAUGUGUUGUUCUAAUGUUUUAUAUAUAUAUAUAUAUAUAUAUAUAUAUAUAUAUAUACACACACACACACACACACACACAGUAUAUACUGUUGUACCUUUGUACAAUGUCCACAUGGACCAUCGGAGAAAUAGAUAUAUAUAUAUCUAUAUCUCCGAUGGUCCAGUAUAUAUGUGUGUGUGAGUGUAGUUGUGUAACUCUGGCAUUGACCUCUCCACACGUCACUGCUACAAGGUACACAUUGACCGGUCUGUUUUUUACCAGGUUUCUAUUCAAGUACACAUUGUUAGCAAUGCUCACUGUUACAGAUGUUAUUUCUCAGUCAUUCUGUUGCUUUCAAAAGACCAUUGAUAACAUCUCACCGAUUAUAGUGUUUGCAAGAAGUAGUAAGUCCCUGGUUAUGGAGUACAACACCUCAACAUGUGAUUCACACCUUUCAUGCACAGCACCCCACCUGCUGGCCACUAGCUGUUACUACAAAUCUGGAUGUGUGUUUUCUGUUUGACAUAUAUUAAAUAUUGAGUGUCAUGUUUGUUAUUAUGAAAUGCAUGGAAAUAUUCCAGAACAAGAUAGUAGGCAAUGUGUACUCAAAAUGUAAUGUUAUAUACUCUGGGAGAAAACUGGAAAUGAUAAAUUGCAUCACCUGUGUGUGGUGGAGAUGAAAGUGGAUACAGUCGACGCACUGUACGAUGAUGUUACUGCACUAAUAAUGUAUGGCAUAAAGUGCUUAUAAGGUUGCCAGUGUUCCGUGGAAAAUAUUAUGUAUGCUGGAAGUCAAUGUUCAGGUCACAAAUGCCUCUUUAGUAUUGUUGCUGUCAUACCAGAGCAGUGAUUUAGAGGCUUCGUUUGCUGCAAAGAAUUAAAGUGGACCUGUCCGAUUUCUGAAUCCGUAAAAUAUCCUACAGUGGCUUCCUUAAUACCAUUUUUUUUUUAUUGUUAAUAUGAAUUAAUUUCCUCCUUCUGUUUUAGGCUGGAUACAUACUUGAAUGACUGUUCCACCUACUAAAUAGCUGAUUUGGUAAGAUACAUAGACUUACCAAUCAGCCGCUUGAUAUGUUGGGCCAGAUAUCGCAGCUGUGUGGGCAUUUAAAUUUGUCCGCCCAGUCGCGAUGUCAUUGUCGGUUCCUGUGGCCACAUAAUGGUUUGGUUGGCGGGUUACCCGUACACAUCUGCAGAUGCACCAAUACUGUACAUCUGCAUGAUAUAUCGGCAUCAGCUGUGCUACAGGGCUAAUGCAAUAUGUCAUUAAUGAUGUCGUUCACAGACAUCGGCUGUAUGCACCUGCCGAUCUGCUAGCGAUAGAUCGUUCGACGAUCAAAUUAACAAUAUAGUGCCAUUUUCUCAACCAGUCAAAAAAAUUUCCCCGUUUUUAGGUUGCAUUUACAUUCGACUUAUGCCCGUGCCGUUUUUUCGACUGGUCAAAAAAUCAGCACGGUCGAAAACCACGUGAUUGGUGAAUUUGCUGCCGAUCCACGUAUUUUUUGUCGAAUUUGCAGGCGUUUUCUACAGUUUUUGAAACCGGUUUCGCCCAUGCCGAUUCGACAAAAAAAACCAAAAAGGCACGGGCGAAAAUUGAUUAAAAAACGGGCGAAUAUGGCCACUAUUAAUACACUGAGGUCGAACUAGUACCGAUUUUCUGACUGUCGGAAAAUUUGGCACUAUUUUAAUAUACCCCUAUAUCGCAAAGUGUGUGCCCAGCCUUAAAUGCCAUUACCGCAAGCAGUAAAGAUUUCCCUAUUUAUUACACUAUCUUGUCUCAGCUCACAUCUUCAAAAGAAGGUAAAAUAAAUGAAAACCAGAAGAUGCUAAUUUAAUGUAGUAACAGACAAGGGCAUAACUAGAACCAUGGGUGCUCCUCCAUUUAUUUAUUUUUAUUGGGGGGAGGGGGGGCUCCAUAUAUGAUGUCACUGCCAAGUGCCACACUCCUAAGAAUAUAAGGUGCUGUUCUGCCUCCACUCCAUAAUAGUGGCAAAUGUGUGGGGGAAGACGCUUUUGCUCUGGCCACACCUCUUCCCUGGCAGAUCAUGCCACUUUUUAUUUCUUUCCUUUCAUAAAAGAACCACCAUCUGAAAUCCUGCACUUUUUAUUGCCAUGAACACAAAUAAUGUCCUUUUUAAAUCUGAAGAACAGACAGACAUAGUUCCCAAACAAGCGGUAAAAAAAAAAAAAGUUAUAGUAGUUAGACACUCAUAGAACACAACACGUAACACAGAAUAUACUUGGAAGUUUAAAACCCACCAUUAAUUUUAUUUCAUUGUUAUUGAAGAACAGGUCCACUUUAAUUGCUGGCAGCAUAUAACGUGUACAGCAGCACUGUUUAGAGGAUAAAAUAUAAAUUUUCUCAUGGUUGCAUGUGAUUUUUUUUACUAUUAUCAUUUUUUUUUCUGUUUAUUUCAUUGUUAAGCAAAUUUGGGAGACUUGUGUUGUUUCCCGGCAGGGAACUGGUUAAACAAGCAUUUUCUUUUGUACAGUUGAUGUGCAUGCACAUGUCAGUAAAAGCGUGUGAGCUGGAUCACAGAAAAGUAUUUUUCUAUCAUUUUUACCUUUUUAUCCCGUGUGUAAAAAAAAAUAUAAAACAAAUAAAAAAUAAAAAAAAGCUCUGUGAAAUAGUCUGCACUUUACAAAGCCGUGAACAUGAACUUGUGACACUUACAGGAAAAUAAAUAUCUAUAGCCCACCACUA